CAGAUGGAUAGGGUAAGAAUGUUCUUGGCUGAAGACCCGUAUGUUCAGCACCUUGGACAGCGCGUGCUGAACGCUCAUGGGAUUUGAAGUCAUUUUUGCGCGGCCGAGCGUCACUGGAGACCGUUUAGAACUACAAGUCCCAUGAUUCCUUGCGCGGCGCCGCUUUCUCCGCUGGUCGGCAUAAUCGGAAACGGGCCACAAGGCGUCGUAGUAACCAAGCCGAAUGGCUUACUAGAAACCAGAAAUCAUAUUCUCCAAAAUAUUACGUCAAUAACUCAACUCAAAGCGCCUUUACUCCCUCAACGCUGCGCUGAGUUCGCGGUGGAGGGAUUAAUCCACCUAAACCAGCUCGCGCAGCUCUUUUCCUCCGUUUAAGAAUGAGGAUAUUUGUAUCUCACACCCGGUUGCUGAUGAUUCAGUGAUCCGGAUCACGCGAGGAAUGGAAGAGUUUGCUUGAGGAUCACCGGGAAUUGAAGAUCUCCAGGCGAAAGUUGAAGAGCAUGAAGACGUUUUUGGGGAAGGUCUGAUCAGCGGCGCGAUGCUGGGCGGUCGAGAAUCGUCUGACGGCUGAAAUUGUGGAGGUUUUCUGAAAUCCUGGAGGCAAACACGCCGACUUCUGCCCUUUAGAGAAGAUUAAUAGCACGAUGGCUUUGAGCUUUGCCUCCUCGGUGAAGACCUGAAGUCUCUGCAGCCCUUUAAAGACGUCCAGACCUCAGUGUGUUGAAGGUGUCCAGCGUGUUGUAGAUGCUUUUGGAUCAAGAUCAACUGCUAGAGUUGUUUUUAACGGUAAUGCACAGAUCAGCGUGCUUUUUAAAGGCUUUUAUACUCUGGAAACUCAUGCAAUGGCUGGUAGGUGUGACCAACUAUUUCAGUAUGAACAUUUGUAAUCACUCUUGACUGCAUCCCCUUUAAUCUGGAUCCAAAUUUCAGCAUUUUCCCAUCAUUUUAGCCUGAUUUCUUCAUGCCACCCAUUGGGAUCUUCAGACACCCUUCCCUGUACAGGUGACCCAGCUUGUGUUCCAGUUAUGAUGCCCGUGCUGCAUGCAUGAACUUCAAGAGGGCGUUGAAUGGUGGCAGUGCCUUAGGGUUGGUGUUGCCUAGUGGUUAAAGAUCUGAACCGGUGUCUAAAAGGCUGUAGGUUCCAACCCUACAAGAGGUGACCCAUCACCAUUGUGUCUUCGACACCCAAAGAAAGUCCACUAAAUGACACUUUUGUGAAUGAUAGACCAUUGCAGAUCCCGAGAGCAUGGCAGAUAAGACGGCUCCCCGCUGUCAGCUGAGGCUGGAGUGGAUUCAUGGAUACAGAGGCCAUCAGUGCAGGAAUAACCUGUACUACACCGCGGGGAAGGAGAUCGUGUAUUUCGUGGCUGGAGUCGGAGUGGUUUACAACACCAGAGAUCACACACAGAAGUUUUACUUGGGACACAACGACGACAUCAUUAGUCUAGCGCUGCAUCCGGAUAAGAUCCAGGUGGCCACAGGUCAGGUUGGGAAGGAUCCGUAUAUCUGCGUGUGGGACUCGUACGCUCUGACCACCGUGUCCAUCCUCAGAGACGUUCACACGCACGGUGUGGCCUGUCUGGCCUUCGACACCGACGGCCAGCGUUUAGCGUCUGUGGGACUUGAUGCCAAAAACACGGUGUGCGUGUGGGACUGGAAAAAGGGGCGUGUCUUAGCCACCGCCACGGGACAUUCUGAUAGGAUCUUUGAUAUUUCCUGGGACCCGUUUGUGCUGCACAGACUGGUGAGCUGCGGAGUCAAGCACAUUAAAUUUUGGACAUUAUGUGGAAAUGCAUUGACACCAAAACGAGGGAUCUUUGGAAAGACGGGGGACCUGCAAACCAUCCUCUGCUUGGCAACGGCGAAAGAUGAAGUGACGUAUUCUGGAGCUCUAAAUGGAGACAUUUACGUGUGGAAGGGGCUCAACCUGACGAGAACGAUACAGGCGGCCCAUGGAGCAGGGAUCUUCAGCAUGCAUUCAUGUGAAGAAGGCUUCGCCACCGGUGGGCGGGACGGAUGUGUGAGGCUGUGGGACGUGGAUUUCAAACCCAUCACCAAGAUUGACCUCCGGGAGGCAGAACAGGGUUAUAAAGGUCUGUCCAUCCGCAGCGUGUGUUGGAGGGCUGACAGGAUCCUGGCAGGAACUCAAGACAGCGAGAUCUUCGAGGUGAUGGUGAGAGACCGAGAUAAACCGCUGCUGAUCAUGCAGGGUCAUUCAGAGGGGGAGCUCUGGGCCCUCGACCUGCAUCCCAAACAACCGCUGGCCGUCACAGGCAGCGACGAUCGAUCCGUACGACUGUGGAGUUUGUCCGAACACACGCUGAUCGCUCGCUGUAACAUGGAAGAGGCCGUUCGCAGCGUUUCCUUCAACAACGACGGUUCCCAGCUGGCUCUCGGCAUGAAGGACGGCUCCUUCACUGUUCUUCGUGUCAGGGACAUGACGGAGGUGGUCCACAUCAAGGACAGGAAGGAGGUCAUUCACGAGCUCAAGUUCUCACCCGAUGGCUCUUAUUUGGCCGUGGGCUCAAACGACGGGCUUGUGGACAUCUACGCUGUGGCCCAACGCUAUAAGAAAGUGGGAGAGUGCAACAAGUCCACCUGCUUCAUAACACACCUGGACUGGUCCGUGGACAGCCGCUUCCUGCAGACCAACGAUGGAGCUGGAGAACGAUUCUUCUACAGGAUGCCAACCGGUAAAUUCCUGCCGAAGGAGGAAGCCAAAGGAAUCCAUUGGAUGACGUGGACCUGUGUUCUUGGAACUGAGGUCAACGGAAUCUGGCCUAAAUAUUCCAACGUGAACGACAUCAAUUCUGUGGAUGCAAACUACGGCAGUGCAGUGCUGGUGACGGGCGACGACUUCGGCCUCGUCAAACUCUUCCGAUUCCCUUGUCUUAAAAAAGCUGCCAAAUUCAAGAAAUACAUCGGCCACUCUGCCCAUGUGACCAAUGUGCGCUGGUCACAUGACCUGCAGUGGGUUCUGAGCACGGGCGGAGCCGAUCACUCCGUCUUCCAGUGGAGGUUUCUGCCGGAGGGAGUCAUGAACGGAGUUCUGAAGCCGCUGCUGCAAGAGAGCUACGCCGACUCUAACAGCGGCGACUCUGACUCUGACCUCUCCGACGUUCCCGAGCUGGACUCAGACAUCGAACAGGAGGCCCAGAUGAACUACGAGCGUCAGGUGUAUAAGGAAGAUCUUCCUCAGCUCAAGAAGAGACUGGCUGGAUCUCUGAAGAGGCAGAAAGCUCCGGACGAGGGGCUGCGUCUGCAGUUCGUCCAUGGGUACAGGGGCUGCGACUGCAGGAAUAAUCUGUUCUACACUCAGGCCGGUGAGGUGGUGUAUCAUGUGGCGGCUGUGGCGGUGGUGUAUAACAGACAGCAGCACACGCAGCGCUUUUACCUCGGUCAUGACGACGAUAUCCUGAGCCUCACUGUGCAUCCGCUCAAAGAUUACGUGGCCACCGGACAGGUGGGUCGAGAUCCAGCCAUCCAUGUGUGGGACAUCCAGACACUCAAGUGUUUAUCUCUGCUGAAGGGUCAACAUCAGCGCGGGGUUUGUGCUCUGGAGUUCACAGCGGACGGCAAGAGUUUAGUGUCUGUGGGAAUCGACGAAGAUCAUGACUUUGUGGUGAAAGGAAACCCGUUCCGCAUGGACAAACUGCUGACGGUGGGAUUGAAACACAUCAAGUUCUGGCUGCACACAGGAGGAGGUUUAACAUUUAAAAGAGGCAUUUUCGGGAAUCUCGGUAGGCAGGAGACCAUGAUGUCCGCCUGCUACGGACGCUCGGAGGAUCUGGUGUUUUCUGGGGCGACGACGGGUGACGUGUACAUCUGGAAAGACACGACGCUCAUGAAGAGCAUCAAAGCUCACGACGGGCCCGUGUUUGCCAUGUGCUCUCUGGAUAAGGGUUUUGUGACGGGGGGUAAAGAUGGAGUUGUUGAGCUGUGGGACGACAUGUUCGAGAGAUGUCUGAAGACGUACGCCAUCAAGAGGGCAGCGCUCUCGCCUUCAUCUAAGGGACUGCUGUUAGAGGACAACCCGUCCAUCAGAGCGAUCACUCUGGGACACGGACACAUUCUGGUCGGCACCAAAAACGGAGAGAUCCUGGAGAUCGACAAGAGCGGCCCCAUGACUUUACUCGUACAGGGUCAUAUGGAGGGGGAAGUCUGGGGCCUCGCGGCUCAUCCGCUGCUGCCCAUCUGUGCCACUGUGAGUGACGACAAAACGCUGCGCAUCUGGGAGCUUUCAGCCAACCAUCGCAUGGUGGCCGUCCGGAAACUUAAGAAAGGUGGUCGAUGCUGUGCCUUCUCGCCAGACGGAAAAGCCUUAGCGGUGGGUCUAAACGACGGCAGCUUCCUGGUGGUGAAUGCAGACACGCUGGAGGACAUGGUGACCUUUCACCACAGGAAGGAGAUCAUCUCUGACAUCAGGUUCUCUCAAGAUGCUGGAAAAUACCUCGCUGUGGCCUCCCACGACUCAUUUGUGGACAUUUAUAAUGUUCUGAGCAGUAAGCGGGUGGGAAUCUGUAAAGGAGCGUCCAGCUGUAUCACACAUGUGGACUGGGACGUCCGCGGAAAACUGCUUCAAGUCAACACUGGUGCCAAAGAGCAGCUAUUUUUUGAGGCUCCACGUGGAAGACGACAAACUAUCAGCAGUUUAGAGUUUGAGAAGAUGGAUUGGGCCUCAUGGACGUCAGUGCUGGGUCCCACCUGUGAGGGCAUCUGGCCGACACUCAGCUUCGUCAACGCCUCUUCACUUACCAAAGACAAGAAGCUGCUGGCCACCGGAGACGACUUCGGCUUCGUCAAGCUCUUCAGCUUCCCCUGCAAGGGUCAGUUUGCCAAGUUUAAAAAGUACGUGGCUCACAGUGCCAAUGUGACGAGCGUACGAUGGUCCAAUGACGACGCGAUGUUGCUGUCAGUGGGCGGAGCUGACACCGCCCUCAUGAUCUGGGCGAGAGAGGGGAUUGGUCCACGCGAGAGCAAAGCCGUGGACAGCGAGGAAUCAGACGACGACGCUGAAGAGGAUGGAGGGUACGACAGUGACGUCGCUCGGGAAAAGAACAUGGAUUACACGACGAAGAUCUACGCUGUCAGUAUAAGACAAAUGACAGGCGUGAAACCGCACCAACUACAGAAGGAGAUCCCAGUGGAUGAGCGGCCUCCAGUGAGUCGAGCCACGCCGUUACCUGACAAACUGGUGAAGAACAACGUCACAAAGAAGAAGAAAAUCGUGGAGGAACUGUCUCUGGAUCACGUGUUUGGCUACAGGGGCUUUGACUGUCGAAACAACCUUCACUACCUCAAUGAUGGAGCAGACAUCAUCUUCCACACGGCCGCCGCUGCUGUUAUUCAGAACCUCUCUGCUGGAACUCAGAGCUUUUAUCUGGAGCAUACGGAUGACAUCCUCUGUCUGACUGUCAAUCAACAUCCCAAAUAUCUCAACAUCAUCGCCACCGGUCAGAUCGGCGACAUCACCGAUCUGCCAGGCCUGGCGCCGUCUAUUCACGUGUGGGACGCCAUGAACAAACAGACGCUGUCAGUGCUGCGCUGCUCUCACGCUAAAGGGAUCGGAUACGUCAACUUCAGCGCCACGGGAAAACUGCUGUUGUCUGUGGGAGUGGAUCCGGAGCACACCAUCACUGUGUGGAGAUGGCAGGAAGGCUCUAGGGUUUGCAGUAAAGGCGGUCACAGCGACCGGAUCUUCGUGGUGGAGUUCAGGCCGGACUCGGACACUCAGUUUGUGUCGGUGGGAAUCAAACACAUCAAGUUCUGGACGCUGGUGGGAGGCUCUCUGCUUUAUAAGAAAGGAGUGAUCGGAGCGGUGGAGGACGGACGCAUGCAGACCAUGCUCUCUGUAGCGUUUGGAGCCAAUAACCUGACGUUCACGGGGGCCAUAAACGGUGACGUGUACGUGUGGCGAGAGCAUUUCCUGGUGCGUGUGGUGGCUAAAGCUCAUACAGGACCAGUGUUCACCAUGUACACCACGCUCCGAGACGGACUCAUCGUGACCGGAGGCAAAGAGAGACCGACUAAAGAGGGCGGCGCUGUGAAACUGUGGGAUCAGGAAAUGAAGAGAUGCAGAGCAUUUCAGCUGGAGACAGGGCUUCCUGUCGAGACGGUCAGAUCUGUGUGCAGAGGAAAGGGAAAGAUCUUGGUGGGAACGAAGGAUGGCGAGAUCAUCGAGGUUGGAGAGAAGAACGCCGCCUCCAACACCAUGAUAAACGGACACACACAGGGGCGCAUCUGGGGUCUGGCCACACACCCCUCCAAAGACGUCUUCAUUUCCGCCAGCGAUGAUGGAACCAUCCGCAUCUGGGACCUGGCUGAUAAGAAACUCCUGAACAAAGUCAGUCUGGGUCAUCCGGCGAAGUGCACGGCGUACAGUCAGAACGGUGAGAUGGUGUCCAUCGGGAUGGAGAACGGAGAGUUCAUCGUGCUGCUGGUGAAUUCACUGACCGUAUGGGGCAAGAAGAGAGACCGCAGCGUGGCCAUCCAGGACAUUCGGUUCAGCUCUGAUAACCGGCUGUUGGCCGUCGGCUCGGUGGAGUGCGCUGUCGAUUUCUAUGAUCUGACUCUGGGGCCGUCUCUCAACCGGAUCGGCUACUGCAAAGAUAUUCCUGGAUUUGUGAUCCAGCUGGACUUCUCUGCCGACAGCAAAUACAUUGAGGUCUCUACCGGUUCAUAUAAGCGUCAGGUUCAUGAGGUUCCCAGCGGGAAGAUCGUCACAGAACAAGCCCUGAUUGACCGGAUCACAUGGGCGACCUGGACCAGUGUUCUGGGUGACGAGGUUCUGGGCAUCUGGCCGCGUAACGCAGAGAAGGCAGACGUGAACUGCGCCUGUGUUUCUCACGCCGGGCUCAACGUGGCCACCGGAGAUGAUUUUGGACUCGUGAAGCUCUUCGACUUCCCCUGCUCCGAGAAAUUUGCCGAACACAAGCAUUAA